UCAUCGGACUCGGGUGCUGCUUACAAUUCUCUGAAUAGAAACUACACUGGUGGAGGGAUGAGUCUCUCCCCUGUCAUUGGCACAGAAGUGCCAGAAACACCUAAUGGGGAUGUGACAUCCAUCUCUUCAGAAAAUGGCCCUCAUGUUCCGGUCUCAGAGAAGUUUGGGGGGAGCAGAGUGCCCUAUUCUGAUGAGGCAUCAGAGGACAGAGGCCUUGGACACACAGAGAACCACGUAGAUGUGGAAAACAGAGUAUAUGAUGGUGAAGGGUGCUCGGACACAGACACAUACAAUAAUGAGAGAACGUCUGGUUUAUCACCUCACAUAUCCCAUGUGACAGACCCCUCAGAAGACUCAGAAUCAGGCUCCAAUGACACAGACAUUCCUGAGGCUUCUAACACUGCCGAGCCUCCUGGUGAACCUCUGCUGUUGGAGUCAGAACAGAACGCACACUCCAAAGACUCAUCUUUGCAAGGAGGCCGGGCCAUUAAAUACAGACAGCGGACAGACGGAGAACAUGUAGACGGAGGCGAUGACAGCAGAGAAGAGGAGGAGGAGGAGGAUGGAGAGAAAGAGAAGCAGGAUGAAGAGGAUGAUGAGAAAUAUGAAAAAAAGUGGAUAAAGCCACGUAAAGGAGGGAGAACUGGGUCUUCACGACACUACUCCUCCUCAGCCCCUGGUCCCAGCACCUCGUCCUCCUCUUCUUCUCCGCCUCCUCUUCUUCCCUCAGAUGAUGUCCCCUGCCCUCCCCACGUCAUGGCCCAGGUCUGGGUACGCAAUGUCAGGGGGAUGCAGGACAGCAAGAGCCUGGAUGAAAUCAGCCAAGCCUGUGGAGGUGGUUCAGGGGCCCGGGGAGGGGGCAGAGCAGGCCAGUCAGAGGGUCGAAGGGCCACUAUCUCAUCGGCUCUGGAGCUUGAAGGGACAGUCAGCCAUGAGGGCGACCUGACCAACUUCGUCGCCAAGAACCUGGAGCAGAAAAUCAAGAUGAGCUCCAAGCCCAGUCUGGACUGCAGUGACUCGGACUGCUCAGGUCCUAUCUACAGAAGUCGAGGAUUGACGCGGAGAACAGCAGAUAUCCCUCCCAUUGAUCCUGCUGUCCUAUUGGAUCUUCAGAGACACACCCAGGAAGUGGCUCAGAGUGUGGAGAUGAUGAUGAGGAGCCUCAAUGGAACCAUCCAGAAUAUGACCGCUCUGAGCGUGGGCUACAUCCAGACUUACAGGGACUCAGUGGACAGCCUGGGAGAGUCUGUAGACAUGAGUAUAAAGGGUAUGUACACACUGAUGGCACGCUGCGAGGAGCUGGACCGGUCCAUGCAGCCCAUACACACCCUGGCUGCACAGAUCCGCGACAUCAAACGCACCCUGGAUGCUUUGGAGGCGAUCUGCAAAUAAUCACCUCUCUGGUACGAGUACACAUCCGCAAAGACCAAACACCAAGCACACCCUGAACAAGACUGCCUGCAAGUAACCACCGCCUUGCAGGUAGCACACACACACAGUGCAGCAAAGAUUCAGUGCACGUCUGGAUCCCUGGAACCAUUGCUACUAGGCAUGCUGGAUGAUUGCGCUCUUUGUCCCUCUGCUUGUUCAUCCUUUGAAGAUGACCAUGUUUGUGUUGUGAGAUUUCAGUUGAAUUGGGCUUGAUUUGCUCUCGGGGCUGAGCUUUCUUUUCUUCCUUUUUUUUUUAAACAACCUUACUUCCUCUUGUGAAGUCAACAUGAAACUCCCACAAUCACAUGUUUUGGAGACUCUAGGUCAAGUGCCCUGAACACACACACACACACAGACAGACACACACACACACACACACACAUGUAAACAUAAAAACAACCUGAAGAUGUGUAGAUCAAUACAUUUUUUUCCUACCUGACAGUCCAAGGUGAAAAAGUGUGUUGCUAUCCGUCCAGCCCGUUUGGUUCAGAUUGCACUAACCUUUCCUUCCCAUGUGGGGGCGAUGUCAUCCACUUCAUCUGGAUGAUGGAGAGGCCAGUACAGACUGCUCAGAAGACAGUGACUUUUGCACAGGAACAGAAAGUCUAUUUUUUAAUCUUAUGCAACAAAGAUCAGAAUUCUUCACUGCAGGAUAAACAAGGGGAGGGGAGUAUCAUGUCUGUCUUUUUCUUAUGUUUAUUUAUUCAUUUUCUCAGCAUGCUCACGAUUUCAAUUAUACUGCUACUUGGUGUCACUAGGGACUGAUCGGUAGAGCAGGAUGUUUUUUCUUCUAGCACCCACUGAACAGCUUCACUGGAUUUAAAGUCAAAGCUCAAAUGCAGCUUGAAGGUAGAAGAAGGAGAUUAAGAAAGUUUCACUGUUUCUGCUCUCAUUCUGUAAGACAUCAAGUAAAAUGCAUGUCUGCUUCUCUGCCAGUCAUUUGUCAUUUGGCCUGAAACCUCAGCUGUCACAUUUUAGUCCAAAUAGUUUAAAGGAAUACAACUGGAAAAAUAUCUUGUGUGUCUUACAAAGUGACUCUUGAUGUUUGAAAAACUCCAGGAACCAAGAAUUUGACUUUUAAAUGUCUUGUGAUAUGAUAGUAUUUGCAUCUUUUAACCAACCUGAGGAUUUUUCAUGAAAUCUGAAACCACUUAAAAACUUUUAGUAGCUAACAGAUUGCUCUUAAUUCAGCCAAUUUAAGGAAAUGUUAUAUGUAUCACAAAAGCUUAAUUCCAAACCCAUUCUUAAUCCUUGAGAUUUCUUCUUGGCGCAUGAGGACUUUCGCUGGCAGCUAAUCUUCAGCUAAAUAUGAAUUUGUUUUUUUUCUUGUAGCUGUAACUCCGUUUUACCUUUUCAAAUGGUGGAUUCCUUCAUUUUAAACAACACAAUACAUCUAUUCUGCCACGACUACUUUCAUAUUUACAGCCUGGAAAUAAAAAAAGCCUGCAAAUUAUCGUCAAAUCAUUUAAAGUCUGUUCUGUCACAGACACAGUCAACAGUUACAAUACAAAUGCAGCAUUUCCUGGCUUGUGUUUCCUCCAACACAGAAGAUCGGUCACUUUCUUUCACUAAAUAAUAAUUACAUGUGGGAAAUAGAGCUGGUAGGAUUUGGUGCACAGCCUUACCAUAUGAACUUACCAGGACUCAUCCUGCAUUUUAUGGAGGAAAAGUAAGUAUUUGUUAAAUUAAUAAUCAAAUCUCUGAACCACUGCAGUGUCUGUUGAACUUUCCUUUACCUGAAGCCAUUAUACUGAGAACAUGAAGAAACUGUGGUACUUCUGUCACUGCACUGGUGGGUAGCCUUCUAAUGGAUCAUUCUAUUUGUACUACAUCGUUAUAAUAUUACUAUUAUUACUAGUUCAUGCACCUUUAACUGGCCGGGAGAUAUGGCAUUUGACCUCAGUAGUGUUGCUGAUGUGAUCACUUUAUUUAACUGAACGAUUAAGACUUAGCCAACACUUAUCGAACAAACUAAUGAAGUGGAUUCUGGAAAAUUAAAAUUAUGAAGCAUUUUCAGAGCAAUACUGCAAGCAAAGAAAGACACUUGGCUCUGCAUUAUCUGAAGUGUCUCUCUCUGCUGCUCCUGUUCAUCCACAACCUUGUUAGCAAAGAUUUGUGAGAAUUGUCAGAGGGGGGAGUUAAAGAAGAAUGGGAGCAACAUUUAAUAGCUGAUAUUAUAAAAUCUAAUGAUUCUGGAUCCCCUUUGAUGUUACUGAAAUGACUCGAUCAUGUCCAUGAUUGUAUUGUUUUAAUGUCUCUUCUUUGAAGAUGAGAGUCAAAAUGUUCAGAGUGGAUAUAUGGGAGUCUUACUACUGUAGAUUUCUCAAGGUGAGGGAAGUACCUUGAGUUGGGAGAUAUAAGAGGAAAUGUCAUUUUCUUGUUCAUAAUAUAAAUAUAUAUAAAUACAUAUUUAAUGUUUGAUUAAUCCUCUGUUGUAAAAUCUGAUUCACCUGUGUACAUAUGACCUCUUUCUGUAACUAAAAAAAAAAAUGAUUUAGAUACCCUUUGUCUUGAGUGUAUAUUUUAAUGAAAAACAAAUAAACUUUACAUGAGCUGCACAACCCA